GAUUCAGAUAAUCUGAAUCUUGGUGAUCAUUCCAGGAUUUUGAUGGUUGAUCUUCCAUCGAGUAUAACAAGUUGUGUCUACACUUCUUCAUAUCCGGGACUCAGUAUGAUAGAAGAAAAUAUGAAAGAAAAUGUGUUGUACUUUCUGAUAUUUGCGCUUCUUUUUUUCCGGACAGCUUCUUCAGAAAUGGGUUAGUAUGAACUUGUGAUGCCAUAUUCCACAUUUCUUUCAUCACUUUAUACGACUGGAUUUGGUAGGAUAGGGCAGCCAGAAUAAUGGCCCCAUUACCCGGAACCUGUGAGAUUGUUGAAUCGAAGGAAGAAUUGGAUUCAGUUCAACGUUCUAAAGGAACUAACACACAGAGUGCUGAGUUGAGAGUCAAUGACAAAGCCGGAAAACGCCCUAUGCCAAAAUAUGUGCGCAAUUCUUCCCUGGAGGAUGAUCUUAAUCAGCUUUUCCAGGGGAUUGAUCUCAGAACCUCUGGGAGGGGUUUGCGUUUAUCACACCAUAAAGAUACAGAACCAUCACAGAAGAAUGCUUUGAAAAAGCCGAUUAAAAUUGGGGCAUCUCAAGCAUCAGGAAUUGGAAUUUCGGAGACUGUGACCUUGAAGCAAGCACUAAGGGGAUUGUGCAUUUCUCAGAAACUAGAGACGGCUGCAAUGAAGCGGUUGUCAAAACCAGCAUCUGGAGUUUCAGAAGCUGGAACCAUAAAGAGGUUGUACAGAACAGUGGUAGUUGAGGCCAGUGAAUCUGGUCUUUCAUUGGAUGAAGGUAAAGGGGGUGUGGUAGAAAUCUCUCUUGUGCCAGAAGAUAGCUCAUCAAAUUGCUCUAAAAAAAGGCCAGAAACCCUGCAACUUCACAAGGCAAAAGUAUUGAACCAAAGCGCUCAGUCUUCUCCUCGAUAUGCAAUUGCAACCACAACCAGGGUUCUAGCACCGCCACAAGAUGAGAUUGUUCCUGUAUCAACAGGCAUUGGGUCUGAAACAUCAAAUUUGGAUACAGCUUCAAUAGGAAAGCUGAAGUCUGCGCCUUCAUUAUCUGGCCCUAGUACUGGCCGUAAAGUAUUAGAAGUAGAUGAAAUAGUUCCUGCCUCAACAGAAGUUGGGAGCAUAACAUCAAUGCCAGAUCUGGGCCGGAGAGGCAAGCUGCAACCAGUACUUUCUUUGGCUAGCUCUAGCUCUAGCUCUGGCAGUAAAGUAAGCAAAUCUGCCAGCACUAAUCUCCGUCAAGCCAAGCCUGUCUUCAGGAACAAAAACUUUAUUAGGAAGAAGGUGAAGCUGGAUUCAUCUUCUGCCACCAGCAGUUCUAAGACAUGCUAUCAAAUCGAUAGUGACUUGAGUCCAAGUACAAGUAAAUCAGUGAACCAGAUUGACAACUACCCUGGAAAUAAUUUGAGGAAAGAACAUGCUUCUCCAGCAUCCACUAGUACAAAUCUCCGUGUUGAAGUCAGUUCAAAUAAUGUGCACUCCAGUGUGACUAAACUGAGUUGCACUUCGAAUAAGUGUGACAGUAAUAGAUUUAUUGGUGCAAAAGCUAAUGCAACAUCGAGAUCAAGAGAAAAGGGGGAAUGCUCACAAAGCUCUAAAAGUAGCAUUGGUGAGUACAGUAGUAGCACAAGUGUUAGCGAAGAGAGCAAUUUAAGUGGGUCUAGUUGUUGUGGCAAUAGACCGCACAUGUCAAAAGACUUGAGAUGGGAAGCCAUCCGCCAUGUUCAGAUACAGCAUGGAAGCUUAGGGUUGAGACACUUCAAGCUGCAUAAGCGUCUUGGUUGUGGAGACAUUGGAACAGUUUAUCUUGCUGAGCUAACCGGUACAAACUGCAUAUUUGCUUUGAAAGUUAUGGAUAAUGAGUUUUUGGCAAGCAGAAAUAAGAUGCCAAGGGCCCAAACUGAGAGAGAAAUAUUGCAAGUGUUGGAUCAUCCUUUUCUCCCUACACUCUAUGCUCAUUUUACAACGGAGAAACUUUCCUGCUUGGUUAUGGAGUAUUGUCCAGGUGGAGAUCUGCACGUCCUCCGGCAGAAGCAACCAGGCAGGAGUUUCCCUGAAGAAGCAGCAAGGUUUUAUGUUGCGGAGGUCCUUCUAGCCUUGGAGUAUCUGCAUAUGCUUGGGGUCGUCUACCGAGACCUCAAACCAGAAAACAUUCUGGUACGAGAGGACGGUCACAUUAUGCUCUCAGAUUUUGACCUGUCCCUCAGGUGCACUGUGAGCCCGACAAUUCUUAGGUCGUCUUCGUCCAAGAUAGAGCCAGAGAAGUUACGGGGACCAUGUGUGGAUUCUAGCUGCAUUGACCCUUUCUGCCUACAACCAUCUUGGGUCCAAGUAUCCUGCUUUUCUCCUAGGCUUAUUUCUGCCACAGCCAAAAACAGGAAGUUAAAAUCAGACAUGGUUACCCAGGUCAGUCCAUUGCCAGAGCUUGUGGCAGAACCAACCAAUGCACGAUCCAAUUCUUUUGUUGGGACCCAUGAGUACUUGGCUCCUGAGAUCAUCAAGGCAGAGGGUCAUGGGAGUGCCGUCGAUUGGUGGACAUUUGGAAUUUUUAUGUAUGAACUGCUGUUUGGCAGGACGCCCUUCAAGGGUAUGGCGAACGAUGACACAUUAGCUAAUGUGGUGUCACAGAGCCUCAAGUUUCCUGAAAGCCCAAUGGUCAGUUUUCAGGCCAAAGAUCUGAUCAGAGGGCUGUUGGUAAAGGAGCCAGAGAACCGGUUGGGUUCAUUGAAGGGGGCCACUGAAAUCAAGCAGCACCCGUUCUUUGAGGGCCUGAACUGGGCACUUAUACGAUGUGCAGUCCCUCCAGAGCAGCCCAGGUUCCCAGAUAUUGCGGCUCCUGCCAUGGGGUCGCAUAAGGAGAGUAAGUGUCUAGAGCUUAGGGCUACGGAAGAGCAUUUGGAAUUCGAGUUGUUCUAGCAAGGUUUUUCUACAGUCAAGCUGUUUCGAUGUAAUUACAUAGCAGAUUCUCUGUUAGGUGGCUCCUCACAAACAUGAUAAUGUUGAGCUCUCAUAUUGUAAAUGUAGAUGGUAAAGAUGGCGGGAAGUUGUUUGUGUAUGGGUAUAUAAUAUGAAAAGCAAAGAAAGGGUGGUUCUUUUUC